AUGGCAACACGGCCGGGUCCUUUGACCGAAUGGCCAUGGCACUGGAUGGGCAGCUUCAAGUACCUGGUCUUAGCACCUGCGGCAUUGCACACUGCGCACAGGGUGGUCACCAGUGGGUGGGGAGACAUGGAUACAGCAUACACCACCAUGCUACCAGCUCUGCUUCUGAGGAUGAUCCACAACCAGAUCUGGAUCAGCUUGUCUCGCCACCAAACCGCACGCAGGAAGCACAUCAUCGUUGACCGCGGUCUUGAAUUCGAGCAGGUGGACCGGGAGAGCUCCUGGGAUGACCAGAUCAUCCUCAUGACGCUGUUUUUCUACUUGGCCUAUGCAACCAUCCCGAGCGUCAGGCUCAUGCCAAUGUGGGAAACAAAGGGAGCCAUCAUCAUGGCGUUGCUUCACAUAGGACCUGUUGAAUUUCUCUAUUACUGGUUCCACAGGGCGCUGCACCACCAUUUCCUUUACUCUCGCUACCACUCACACCACCAUGCCUCCAUCGUCACAGAGCCCAUAACCUCUGUCAUCCAUCCAUUUGCUGAAAUCUUAGCUUACUUCGUGUUAUUUUCGAUCCCCAUGCUGAUACCAAUUUUUAUGGGAUAUGGUUCUAUCCUGGGCGUUGUCCUAUACCUGGCUUACAUCGACUUCAUGAAUAAUAUGGGACACUGCAACUUUGAGAUGCUCCCAAAGUGGAUAUUCCAAGUUGUCCCUCCUCUCAAGUAUCUCAUGUACACUCCAUCGUAUCAUUCUCUCCAUCAUACACAGUUUCGUACAAACUACUCAUUGUUUAUGCCAUUCUAUGACUACAUAUACAACACCAUGGACAAGUCAACUGACGAGCUGUAUGAGAGAACACUGAUUGGAAAAGAGGAAACACCAGAUGUCGUUCACUUGACGCAUAUCACCACCUUGCAAUCGACUUAUCAUCUAAGGGUUGGGAUUGCCUCUAUAGCUUCUAAACCCUCAGAUAACCCUGUAUGGUAUAUGUGGAUGAUAUGGCCAAUGGCAUGGCUGUCAAUGGUACUGGCAUGGGUUUAUGGAUCCUCUGCAUUUGUCGUCGAAAGUCUCAAACUGAAGAAGUUCAAGAUGCAAACAUGGGUGAUACCAAGAUACAACUUCCAAUAUGGCCUGAUUAGGGAGAGGGAAUCCAUCAACAAGUUAAUUGAGAAGGCAAUAUUAUAUGCGGAUGGAAGAGGGGUCAAAGUGCUCAGUCUUGGACUCCUAAAUCAGGCAAAACAACUCAAUGGAAGUGGUGAACUAUUUACAAAUAAAUAUCCAGAAUUAGGAGUUCGACUUGUUGAUGGAAGUGGCUUAGCAACAGCAGUUGUUCUCAAGAGCAUUCCUUCAGAUACAAAGAGAGUUUUUCUCUGUGGAGGCAAUUCUAAGGUAGAACACGCAGUAGCUACAGCUUUAUGCGAAAGAGGUGUCCAGGUAAUCAUGAAUCAAAAGAAAGAAUAUGACAUGCUCAAGUUGCGAGUUCCAGAGAGCAGUGUUGCCUAUCUGAAAUUCUCCAGUGACGAAACACCGCAGAUCUGGAUAGGAGAUAUUAUAGAUGAUAAGCAACAAAUCAGGGCACCAAAAGGAGCAACAUUUAUUCCCACAUCACAGUUUCCCCUUAAAAGGACACGCCAGGAUUGCACUUACUUGAGCAACCCUGCAAUGAAGAUCCCAGAGGCAAUGCAGAACGUCCACACCUGUGAGAAUUGGCUUCCAAGAAGGGUGAUGAGCGCAUGGCGUGUUGCUGGAAUGGUACACGCACUACAAGGUUGGGACAUCCAUGAGUGCGGAGAUGAUAUGAUGGACAUCGAGAAGGUCUGGUCGGCAGCUAUUAAGCACGGAUUCACUCCUCUGUCUAAAGCCUGA